GGGGGGCGGUCGCUCGCUCGGUCGCUCGCUCGCUCGCCCGCGCGUCCUUGGCUGCCGGCGGGCGAUGCGCUUCCUCCGCUGAAGGCUCCGCGGGGCCGAACCGGCAGGAUGACGGUGGAGUUCGAGGAGUGCAUCAAGGACUCGCCCCGGUUCCGGGCAACCAUUGAUGAAGUGGAAACAGAUGUGGUGGAGAUAGAAGCGAAGCUUGACAAGCUGGUGAAGCUCUGCAGUGGGAUGAUUGAAGCGGGCAAAGCCUACAUCACCACCAACAAGCACUUUGUCAGCGGGGUCCGGGACUUGUCACAGCAGUGCAAGAAGGAUGAAAUGAUUUCGGAGUGCCUCGACAAAUUUGGAGACAGUCUGCAGGAAAUGAUUAACUAUCACAUGAUCCUGUUUGACCAGGCUCAGAGGUCAGUCCGGCAGCAGCUGCACAAUUUUGUGAAAGAUGAUGUCCGGAAGUUCAAGGAAACCAAGAAGCAGUUUGACAAGGUGCGAGAGGACAUGGAGAUUUCGCUAGUGAAGAAUGCUCAGGCACCUCGUCACAAGCCCCAUGAAGUGGAGGAGGCAACAGGCACCUUGACCAUAACCAGAAAGUGUUUCCGGCAUCUGGCCCUAGACUACGUGUUGCAGAUCAACGUCCUGCAGGCCAAGAAGAAGUUUGAAAUACUGGACGCGAUGCUGUCCUUCAUGCAUGCCCAGUACACCUUCUUCCAGCAAGGCUACAGUCUUCUCCAUGAACUGGAUCCCUACAUGAAGAAACUAGCCACAGAGCUGGACCAGCUGGUGAUUGAUUCUGCAGUGGAGAAGAGGGAGAUGGAGCACAAGCAUGCCCUGAUACAGCAGAGGGACUUCUCCUAUGAUGACUCAAAAGUGGAGUUUAAUGUUGAUGCCCCGAAUGGAGUGGUGAUGGAAGGCUACCUCUUCAAGAGAGCUAGCAAUGCUUUCAAAACAUGGAAUCGGAGGUGGUUCUCCAUACAGAACAGUCAGCUGGUCUACCAGAAGAAGCUAAAGGAUGUCCUCACAGUAGUGGUGGAAGACCUGCGGCUCUGUACCGUCAAGCCGUGUGAAGACAUAGAGAGGAGGUUUUGCUUUGAGGUCGUCUCACCUACCAAGAGCUGCAUGCUGCAGGCUGACUCGGAGAAGCUGCGUCAGGCCUGGAUUCAGGCUGUUCAAGCCAGCAUUGCAUCUGCGUACCGGGAGAGUCCUGACAGCUACUAUAUUGAGAGGCUGGACCGGACUGCUUCCCCAUCAACCAGCAGCAUUGAUUCUGCUACCGACUCCCGGGAGCGCAGUGUGAAAGGAGAGUCCAUCUUGCAGAGAGUGCAGAGCAUCGCUGGGAAUGACCAGUGCUGUGACUGUGGUCAGCCGGAUCCUCGCUGGGCCAGUAUCAACUUGGGCAUUCUGCUGUGCAUUGAGUGCUCCGGUAUCCACAGGAGUCUGGGUGUUCACUGCUCCAAGGUCCGAUCUCUCACACUGGACUCCUGGGAGCCAGAGUUACUGAAACUGAUGUGCGAGCUGGGGAACAGUACCAUGAAUCAGAUUUACGAGGCACAAUGUGAAGAGCUGGGACUUAAGAAACCAACAGCAGGGAGCUCCAGGCAGGACAAGGAAGCCUGGAUCAAGGUGAAGUAUGUGGAGAAGAAAUUCCUGAAGAAGCUGCCAAAUGGGGAGACCCUAACAGAGAAUGAACGAAAACCUCGACGCUGGUGUGUGAAGAAGUGCCAGAGAAACAACAGCACCACGAAAGCACCCACGGCUCGUAGAAAGUACCGCCAUGAUGCAGGCAAUGCGUCACCAGCCAUGUUGUCGUCAGCAGCUACACUGGAGAGGAAGUUCCGUCGAGAUUCCCUCUUCUGCCCUGAUGAACUGGACUCUCUCUUCUCCUACUUUGACACUGGUGCUGGCUCCGGCCCACGCAGUGCCAGCCACAUCUCUAUGCAGCAUCCGCUAACAGGUGGCCCAUGGAGUGGCAGUGGCAUUGGUCCCGGUGGGAGCGGUACGCCGUUCCUCCUGGACGGAGGUCUGAGCAGUGACAGCGGACUUGGAGGAAGCACAGAUGGCAGCACUGAUGUCCUGGUGUUUGGCUCCGUGGUGGACAGCGUGACAGAGGAAGAAUGCGAGGCUUCAGAGGAGUCAAGCGGUGAAGCAGAGAUUGAACAGGAAGCAUCGGACUUGGAGGACCUGAGGGAGCUGCAUCCUGGCUUGUUGAUCUACAAGGCAGCGCAAGCCCGGAACCUGCCUCUCAUGGCAGAAGCACUCGCACACGGUGCUGAGAUCAACUGGGUGAACGAUGAAGAUGAAAACAAAACUCCUCUGAUUCAGGCUGUGAUGGGGGGUUCCUUGAUAGCCUGUGAAUUCCUGCUGCAGAACGGGGCAGAUGUUAACCAAAGAGAUACCCGAGGCCGAGCUCCCUUGCAUCAUGCCACGUACCUAGGGCACACUGGUCAGGUCUGCUUGUUCCUCAAGCGAGGGGCGAAUCAGCAUGCGGUGGAUGGCGACGGGCAGGACCCGCUCAGCAUUGCCGUCCAGGCAGCCAAUGCAGACAUAGUUACCUUGCUGCGUCUGGCUCGAAUGAACGAGGAAAUGCGAGAAGCAGAGGGGCCCUUUGGACAACCAGCCCACAGCUUGAAUUGUAUGGCAGUGAAUGCACUGGAAUGCCACGUAAAUGCUCUGCAUUUUUGUUUGGGAUUCUGUGACACUGUCUUGUGAUACUGCGACUUCAGGGGGCUCAGGCAGAAGGCCGGGGUGAAGGUGAUGGGCUCAAAUCACCCCCCCAGCCUCCCCGUUCGUGUUUCUUUGGAGUACCCGAAUCCGUUAAUGCUUGAUAUGUUAUGAGCUGUGCCGAUGGCUGUCCUCUAAAAGGAGACCUUGCACUAGAUGAAAAUAUCAAUCCUCCUGCACGUGGACCACCCUUUCCCACGUACCACAGCACAAUCCUUCCCCCCGCUCCCCCCCUGGCCCCCGGCCUUCUCCCGUACUGCGCGUCUGUGGCAGAAAAAUAAAAGAAGAAGAAGAAAAGAAAGCCUGGCCUGGCCUCAUGAUUUCUACCAUGCUCAGCACGGAAAAUAAAUGCAGAAAAACAAAAUUGUGGGAUAACCUCUGUUUUCCCCUGGAGGGACAAACAGACCCCAGUUAAUGAGUCCGGGCAGGCUCCUGGACGCAGUGGAGGAGUUGAAUUGGAAGGGUACUUUGAAAUCAGGAGCAUCACAGUCGUUUGAGGCAUUCAUGGAAGGAGAGCUGGGUGGUCUUACAGUAGAUUUAUAAGCACAGAGCUCGGGAGACGCGUGGCUUCCCCCCACCCUCUUACUGACUCCCACUGCCCCCCCCUUUAUUUUCCUGCCUUUCUGUUUCUGUCUAAAAUGGAGACUCUGGUCUCGCCCGGCCUCACAAGGAUGAACACACUGAAGACUAAAAUGCGGUUACAGAAACCCAGAUGUCCAAAAGCCAGUCUCUUUCUUUCUUUAGGCAACGAGGAUUAAACGCUCAACUAUCUUCCAAAAUCUGGGACUGAUGCUCUACUACAACAGGAGGAUUCUCGUAACUGGAGUUGUAUCUGUGUUCCCAGAACAAAUGUUUCACCGGUGUGCAGGAGGAUCACUGGUCUCACUGAACGAGGGUAUAUUAACGAUUUUACCAACACGGUCAGGCUCCUGGCAGGAGGUAAUCGCAAUUCUCUGGCCCAUUACUCGAGUGCCACUUUGUCACCAUCCCACUGCCGUCAAAACUAAGGAUCAAAGCGGAGAAGUCGCGGCUGCUCCCUGGUCUCUGCACCAGAACUCGGCCAGUUCGGCGCUUCCCUGCUGCUGCCAGGCUUGUUUCACAGUUCGACUGAAUAAACCCCGGAGAGAGGAGUCUUUACGGUCCUCGUGGAAAAUCUACCUGGUUUCUUUGCAGCGUAUAAGGGUGGGCUUGGGGUUUUUUCUCCUCCCAGAAAGGGAGUACGUUUUAUUCAGGGCAGCUGGGGAGGAAUAGGUGGCGGGGGAGCAGUGGCGAUGCCGGGGUGAUGCACAGCGAAUGAGCGGCACUGUGGGUCCCGGGGGGGCUGUCGCCGGUGUUGGGGGACGGUGUCUAACGGCAGAAGUCCCUGUAGCAUGGGGAUAUGUGUGUGUGCACAGGACAGCACUGGGGGGGACUGGGAACGGGCUGAGUCCCACCAGUUCAGGAGGGGCCCCAGCGAGCGUGAGCAGAGGCCAACAGGUAGGUCACGCUGGUUUUGUGGCAGGCACAAAACCGAACGUUUCCUGAGCGUGGCUGUGCCUGAAAAUCAACAGAUCCCGGUCAAAACCUGCCCUGGCGAUAAGGCUCGCGUUAUCAGCCUUUGCCGCCUGCAUGUGGAUGAUGCUGAAUUAAGACGACUAUUAUUCUCGAGACCUUUGGGGCCGGACACUCUUCGUAUACGGGCGAGGGACAAUUGUCACAUCCCGGUGUGCUCGCCCGUGAGCUGGGGUGGGAGGGGACAGCACAGAGGGACCUGUCCCGCCAGCAGCUGGGGGAAGGCUCCUCCAAGGACGUCCCCGGGGCCGGGAAGAUGCCGGGCGAGCGAGGGGACACCCCAGGCCGCCUCUGCCCACGCUCAGCCAGCCGGACACGCGCUCAGAGCACUCUCUCCAGCCAAGUUUGCGAGGAAAUACGAAGUUAGACGGGGUCCUGCUAUGGAAUGGGCUGUACGGAGCCAAGGUUUUGUAUUAGCUUUUCCCUCCGCACCGCACCAACAUUGACAGACGGCGUGCCUAGGAGCCACGCAGCUCGUAGCUGUGGGUCUUCCCUCUCAGUGUCUCUCCAGGACGUGUCUGCUGUCAAACGAAGGGCAGAGGAGCUCUGGAUGAAAGACCGAAGGUAGCUGCACCUCUGUAGGUGAAUACCUGGGAUCUUUCACUUAUCUUUUCCCCUGUGGCUACACGAGUUCAUCACCAGGUAAAACUGCCCAGUCCGUGGCAAAAAAUUGCCCUAGAACAUCAAGUAGCAAACAACACAAGCAGAGAUAUCAUUAAUGGGAUGCGGGUGCCUAAUUAUCUCUAGAAUUGCAGCAUAAAUCUGAAACCACUCCUGCGUGAAGGGAGAUUCUAUCAUGGGACGGCUGCUGGGACACCCGAACCCGUUGCCUUCCCCCGUGGUUUGAGCGGGGCCUUGUCACGGAGAAUCGCCGUUCCCUGAGGGUGCCCUUCGGCAGGCGGUUGUUUGGUUCCAGCGCAGGCGCGCCGAUGUCGUACCUGCCACAACACGCUCUGAAAAGUCUGGCUGCCGGAAGAGAAGCCAGAAAAGCGGUCAAUGAAUGACCCUUCUCCCUGUUCCCGGCUGAACAAUGUCUCCAGCAAACCGCUCUCGAGCCCCGUGUUCCCGGCCACCCGAAGCUCUGCUGGUGCCCAAGCGGCACCGAGGAAGGACCUUCGCGUUUCAGAGCACUCGGCUGCCGGAAUAGCUCUCGCCUUCGAGUCUUAACAGUCUCCUCUGCUGUCUCUUGGGCUUUGGGAAAAAAGUGCCAAUAAUAUUGAAAGGGAGGAAUUAUCCCAAAAGGGAGGAAUUAUCCCAAAUCUGAUUGUGAAGGAAGAGUCCUGAGAGCAUGUUGACGUGCGCAAAGCUCAUGAAUACUCCUGUUCUUAUUAAACACAGAAUGGAAAGGCAAAACAGGACCCUCUGAGGCAGGGCAAGGCUCAAGAGCUGGGCUCCGUCUCUGCCGCACGUAGAGCCGUCUCUUACGCCCAGGUGAGAGUCACGAGCUCUCAGAGAAAACGGCCUGAUGCCCCAGGACCUCCGUGGGUGGGAAGUCGCAAAGCAAAGCAAAAAUAUUGGGACUAACGCCUCUUCCUGUG